ACGUGUUGUGUGUCACCGGCACGGCUCGGAUGGGGCCCACGGUGGCCUCAUUUGUGCCUCCUGGGUAUCCCGGCAGCGAGUGCAGCGUCCCCUGCUCCGGCUGCCUGCUGCAGGAGCUGGUGGCCAUGCUCAGGCUCAAUCCGUGUCAGGUUGUUGGCUCAAAUCCCAGCUCCCCGUGUGCCUGAAGCUCGCUCUGAGGCUGUCGGCAUCCUCCCUUUUCCCUGGCAGCGCUGGCUGCUUGGGCACAGUGUGGCUUGUGCCCAAGCCUGUCCUUGAGCAUCCCUGUGACCCUCAGCCUCUUCCCUUCUGCGCUGAUGAGCAUAGAGGAAGCACAGGGAGCUGGGAGCACACAGAGGAUGUCCCCUGCUCCGAGCUAUGGGGGGACAGGGGUCUGUUCUAUCCCAUCUGGCAGGGACCAGAGCAGGCAGGGAUGCAGGAGCAGGCUGGGCUGGUUCAUGCCCCCACCCCGACGCACAGGCAGUGAGCACUGAAGAAGGUGCCCGGCCCCAGGUGGAUCAAAGGGAGUCCUAGGGGAAUGCAGCCUGGUUCAGCAGUGACUCAUGGCUGUGGGACUCCUCAUUGCAAGGCGCUGAGUCAAGGGAGUCGAGGAGGGCUUCAGAGAUCGCCCGGGCUGCAGGCAGGAGCCACAGGAAGAGGCCAUGUGAGUGGGAGGGUUGUGCUUCCCUCCCUCCAAACGGCUAGCGCCGGUCACGGCUGGAAACCUCUCAUUAGGCACUGCCUCUGGGGAGAGCCAGCCCCAUGGCAGGGCCGCCAGUCCCGGGGUCAUCCCAUGGAUCCCCACAGGGGUGAGCUGGCCCCACGUCCCUUGGCUGCUGGUGCUCCAUGAGCUAUUCCCUGCUGGCUGCUCCUCUGCCUGCCGGUCAGCGCUGACUCAGGGCUGCACGCCGGCGCUUGGCAGUGCUGGAUGUGCUUCCCUGCUCCUCCCAGUAUCUCCAGGAGGAUUGGACGGGAAUCGCAGCCAGGCUGCACUGUAGAGAGCUGCCAGCGGGGCUCUGCGCUGGGCAACGACCCGCAGCCAGCGUGGCCAAGGGAGGGGACUGGGGAUGCUUGGGUGGUAACACUGCUCCAGAGACUGGUCUGAACCCUGCGUGGGGCAGUGGCCCAGUGCUGCUGGUGGGCUCUGCUCUGCCAGGAGAGCCCUGGGAGAGGAUGCUGAGCCCCAUACCAAGGGUGCUUUUCCCUCGAGGAGGAUGACCUGAACUUGACAUCGUUGGAUGCAGAAACCAUCUUGGAGGCUGAAGAGAUCCUGGGGACAAUGCAGAAUUAUCUUGACUCCUCUGUGAUCUCCAUCAUCGAGGACCUGUCUCUGAGUGAGCAGAGCAAGGCCUGCCUGGAUGCGCAGAAUGAGCUGUCUCUGCUGACUGCCAUCACCGAGAUCCUGGAUAGCACGGACGAUGAGACCCUGUCCCCCUUCGACACCAUCAUGGAUGCAGAGCUGCUGACCUCACCUCGGGAGCGGGAGAAUUCCUCAUUUCAGAAGUUUCUCAGCUUGUCCCGUCCAUCUCUGGAGUGUGAAACCUCUGCCCUAGAGCAGUCCAAGGCUCUCCGGCCUCUCAGCAGCAGCAGCAUCUCUGUGGUUGGGAAGACUGACACAGACCUGGCUUGGGACCUUGUCACUCGUGGCCUUGAGGACCCGAAGAAGCAACUCUGCAGCACCCCAUGGGUGGAAAGGAAGGGGCCCCGACCCUGGGCCCGAGAGCAGCCCCUGCCGCAGCGCAGCGACGGGGAGGAAGAGGAGGAGGAGGCUGCCUUGAGCCCGGAGAUGGACCGUGGUGUGAAGGUUGGGGAGUUCCGUGUGAGUGGGGCUGCGGCAGCACUGGAGGAGGAUGAAGAUCCCUGCAUCAUCAACACAGGCGAUGUGUCCCUGAGCGAGCUGGUGAAGUCCAUGCACCCAUACUGCCUGCCCACCUUCACUGUGUGCCUGGACCCCGAGACUGAGCCUGUGGCCAAGGAGCUCCUGAGUGGUCCCGUCCUGCUGGAAAUCGUGCCUGGUGAGGGGGAGAGCGUGGAGAUCCCUGUGGUGCUGCAGCCCUUGGCUCCCAGCUUCCCCACGCUGGAGCCCCAGCUCCUGGGAGCAGAGGGGGGCACCAGGGAGUCAAUCCCAGAGGAUCAAGAGGAGCUUCCAGGAGCUCCAGCCCAGGAAAAUGGGAUGGAGGAGAAGAAGGAGGAGGAGAAACUGCCUGGGAAGGAUCCAUCCUGCACCAUCCCAGAGAGCACAUCCCCACCAGAGGAAGCAGCACCCAGAGCCCAGCGCCUCAAGAGCAGCUCCUGGCACAGAGCAGAGGCCCCAGCAGGCAGCAAACACAAGGGCUCUGAGAAGGGACGUGGCCGGGAGAGAGCAAGGAAGAGCCGCAAAAAGAAAGUGGAGGCCGGUGAGAGCGAGCAGGCCAAGCCAGGCAGGGACUGCAUCACCCAUCGGCUGCGCUCAGCCGGCACUGGGCACCCCCCGGAGCAGCCGCCCUCCAGCCGCCAUCGUGCAGCGUGUCCCUCGGUCCAGGUCUCGGACUUCCUGGCACAGCAGCUGGAGCGAGCCCGGAAGGAGGGGCAGAUGGAGCUGCGUGCCCAGCAGGCACCGCGGCCCCGGGGCAGGCCCCGGAAGGCACCGAGGGUCUCCCCACUUGAGGGAGCGCAGCGGGAGCUGCACAAGGAGCCAGAGACAGUGAGUGUGGACCCAGGGAAGGCUGAGACCAUGGUGCCUCUGGAGAAGGCUGCACCAAGCAUGGAGAGGUGUCCAACAACCACAUGUCCCAGCCCAGCAGACCAGGCUGAAAGCAGUGGAGAUGUGCAGCCGGCUGCUGGGCAGGCCGGUGGGGUCUCAGAAGCUGCCUCCCCACUCCUGGAGCAAGGUGUGGGGCUGGAGCCCCCCCAGAGCCAGUCAGCACCAGAAACAAGCGAGAGCCUGCCCAAAGAAGCCAAGCCCAAGGCCCUGAGCCUGCGGGAAUACCGCAUCCGCAUGCUGCACCGCCAGCCCAGCCCGGGCAGCAAGGACAGCAAUAAGCAAGCGGCCAGCAAAUGGCCCAGCGUCCCUGAGCCUCCAACAGAGCUGGCAGAGAUCCCCUGCCUGGUGUCACCCCCGCGUCCCACCCCCGAGGUGCCCAGCGCUCAGAAGAGCCCAGAGAAACCCACCAGCCCUGCUGCUGUCCCUUCUGCCAGCAAAGCUUCUGCUGCUCUGGCUUCAGCUCCAGCACCCGCCACGGCUCCAGCGCCUCCAUCAACACCAAUGCCUUUUGUUGCACCAAAUGUGCCCCCAGCUGCUGGGGUGGCCCCUGCCGGGAUGCCACCAGCCUCUGCUGGUGCUUAUGCCCUUUACCCCCCACCAGUGCCUUCCUGGCCCUGCUUCAGCCCACAGCCCAUGGGUUGCCACGGUUUGCCCCCACCACCCAGCACUGGCUCUUCCAGCACUUUUCACAUGGUGCCUGGCCUCCCGCCUCCAGCCAUGGCCUGGCCCCCACCGACCAUGCCACCCCCUCCGCCAUUUGGUCCCGGUGGCCCCUAUGGCCCCGUGGGGUGGCCACCACCAUCCUACUGGCCAGGAAUCCCUGUGCCACCACCGCUGGUGCCUCCCCUGGCAUACGGGGACCCUUCGGCAGCCCUGCAGGGUGCUGCUGCCUUCCCGGCUGGCAGCCCCCUGCACAGGCAGCCUCCUGCCACCCCUGCGCUCGGUGGCCCAGAGCCACUGGUGUUCCCUGCCCAGCCGCCCACCACCCUGCCCAGUGAGAUGGGCACUGCUGGUGGGCUGGCCAGGCCAGUGACCAGCAGGGUGUCAGACCCCAGGCGGCAGGCACGGCUGGCAGGGGAGAGCUCCCUCCUCAAGGCUGCUCCAGCCCCAGCCUCUGCCCAGCCCCUGGCUGCCCCAUCAGCUGCCGCUGCCCAGCCUGGCAGGGUCCCUCCUGCAGAGCCAGCCCAGCACACAGCAGGUCCCCCAGCUGUCCCCAUCCAGCCUAUGGAGGAGCCCCAGGCUGCACCUGCCUCUGAGGUCCCAAAGGCUCCCCCGGCUGCUAAUUGUUGCCCUGCAGAGGUGUCCCCUGCUGCUGGUGCUGUUGGGGAGUCCCCUGGUACCCAGGCCACGGAGGAGGCUGCAGCGCUGGGAAAAGGAGCAAUGGAGAAAGAACCAGAGCCUAAGGCAGCUGAUGGGCAGGAGCUGCCCAGCAAAAUAUCUGCCUCCCAGGCUGUAGCACCACCACCAAAAGCAGGUCCACCAAAAGAGAGCAGCCUGCCCACCAAGGCACCCGCUGCACGGCCAUGGAGGCACCAGCCGCUCCUCAGCAAAGCACAGCCCAGCAACAGCAGCAAGGACAUCGUGCAAGCCUUCAUCAGUGAGAUCGGGAUUGAAGCCACUGACCUGUCCAGCCUGCUGGAGCAGUUCGAAAAGUCUGAAGCCAAGAAGGAGGAGGCUCCUGUGCAGCCCCCUGAGGACCAGCAGCCAGCUGGGAGCUCCGGCACUGAGACCCAGCAGGACAAGAAGCUCCCAGACAGCCUUCAGGCCUCUGAGCUGGCCAACGUGGCAGGCCUCACGCCACCAGCAACACCUCCCCACCAGCUGUGGAAGCCCUUGCCUGCUGUCUCGCUGCUGGCCAAGGCCAAGUCACCCGGGUCUGCAGCCCAGGAAGGGCCACAGAAGACGGCCAAGCUGAUAAAAGCCAAGCCACUGCUCCCAAGCAAGCUCCAGGGGAAGAGCAUGGUGCCGGCCCCCGCCAGCUCAACCCCCAGCCAUGUCUGCUUGGGGGACCAUGACUACUGCAUCCCCAGCACAGCGCGGCCGGAGAGCAGCAGCAGCCUUGGCACGCAGCCUCCUGCCGAGGGUGGCUCCCGCUGGAACGUCAAACACCACCGGGACAUCACUAUCAAACCCAUCUCCUCCUUAACCAAACGGACGCUGGAGCAGCCCAAGGCCACCCCGCCAGCCCCCAGCACCACCGUGGGGCCCAGCCCGGAGCCUCUGGGCACGGCCUGCCAACCCCCCCUGGAUUAUCGGACUAGCGUCCCCAGCAAGGCCACGGAUGGGGGCAGCAGCCCCCCCACCUCAGUGCUCCUGUCUCCAGCUGCAUCCCCCUGCCGGGACCAGGGGGUGCGGACUUCCAGUGCCCAGCCCAGCCAUGCUGCUGCCAAGAGAUCCCUGCGCUGCUACCGGAGACCCCGGGACUCACCCAGCCCGUCUGCCAGUGGCUGGAGGGCUGGCCGGAGCCGUGCCAGUCGCUCUUUCAGCUCCAGUUCGGAUGGAGCUAGUGAGUCCUCCUCUUCGUCUUCAUCCUCGUCCUCCCGAUCCCGAUCCCGGUCACGUUCGCUCUCCCCACCACCCAAGCGAUGGCGAAGGUACCGCUCAAGAUGUUCCCACAGCUCCUCUUCCCGCUCCAGCUGUGGGUCAUGUGGCAGGUCCCGGGACAGGUCCUCAUCCUCAUCGUCAGCAUCCUCCUACUCAUCCAGGUCCACGUCUCGUAGCCAGUCCCGCUCCCCCUCACCACGCAGGAGGAGUAACAGGCGGAGAAGAUACAGUUAUGAUGCACAGGACCACUACCAAAGGCAGAGGAUCCUCGAGAAGGAACGUGCAAUAGAGGAGCGGCGAGUUGUGUUUAUUGGCAAGAUCCCCAGCAGGAUGACCCGGUCAGAGCUGCAGCACCGCUUCUCUGUGUUUGGGGACAUCGAGGAGUGCACCCUGCACUUCCGCUCCGAGGGGGACAACUAUGGCUUUGUCACCUACCGCUAUGCUGAGGAAGCCUUUGCUGCCAUUGAGAGUGGGCACAAACUGCGGCGCCCAGAUGAGCAGCCCUUCGACCUGUGCUUUGGCGGCCGCCGGCAGUUCUGCAGGAGGAACUAUGCCGACUUGGACUCAAACCGGGAGGAUUUUGACCCAGCCCCUGUCAAGAGCAAGUUUGACUCCCUGGACUUCGACACGCUGCUGCGGCAGGCACAGCGCAGCCUGCGGAGGUAGCAGCCGGCGAGGCGGAAAACCCGCACCCACUUUUAUACUCAAACACAAAAGACAAAAAAGUCUGGAGAGAGAGAGAGGGUUUUUAAGAAAAAGAAAAAGCUAAAAAAGAAAUUUGUUUUAUAAGCAGUAUUUAAGGAGGACGGGUCAUUUGCCUUUGACCACAGGGCCCAGGUGAGUGGCAGCCCCCAGCCACUUUGAGGCUUGCCUCAGCCAUGUAAUAAAUGUGGAUGCCCAAACA